AUGGAUUCUAAAAUAGGGAAAACGUUUAAAUUAACAAAGAAAUUAGGAAGCGGAGCAUUCGGAGAAAUAUUUCAUGGAAUCAAUCUUAAAAAUAAUAUAGAGGUCGCCAUAAAAUUAGAGCCCAUAAGCGCCAAACAUCCUCAACUAUACUAUGAAGCGAAACUCUAUUAACAUCUCAGUUAGGACAAUGCUGCUGUAGAAAAAGGGAUUCCCCAGGUCUAUUAUUGCUCAACUGAGGGGGAUUAUAAUAUUAUGGUGAUGGAUUUAUUGGGACCCUCUCUUGAAGAGUUGCUCACACAAUGUCAAAGAAAGUUCUCCUUGAAGACUGUGCUCAUGUUGGUUGAUUAGAUGAUAACCAGAGUGGAAUUCAUUCACUCAAAGGAUUUUCUACAUAGAGAUAUUAAGCCUGAUAAUUUCUUGAUGGGAUUGGGGAAAAGGGCACAGACCUUAUUUAUGAUUGAUUUUGGGCUAGCUAAACGAUUUAUUACAAGGGAUGGGUCUCACAUUCCGUAUAGGGAGAAAAAGAAUUUGACAGGCACUGCAAGGUACGCAUCCAUCAAUACUCAUCUUGGAUUAGAACAAAGUAGAAGGGAUGAUUUGGAAAGCAUUGGAUAUGUUUUAAUAUAUUUCUUGAAAGGGACGUUGCCUUGGCAGAAUUUAAAAAAUAAUAACAAAAAGGACAAGUAUGAAAGGAUCAUGGAAUCGAAGAUAGCCACUAGUAUUGAAUUGCUAUGUGCAGGGACUCCAAUAGAAUUCUAAUAAUAUCUCAAAUAUUGUAGAAAUUUGUAGUUUACAGACAAACCAGAUUAUGAUUAUUGUAGACAACUCUUUCGAGAUCUAUUUCAAAAGCAACGAUUCGUAAUGGAUUAUCAAUAUGAUUGGACUUAGAAAAGAAUCGAGCAAAACAAUUCACAAUAAUAGACAAUCCAAUAAUGA